CCUCGCUAAACCGCACAAUACCUGCUAGUUUACAUGCAGUUGUUAUGGCGGCAAAAAAAAUUCCCAUUCUGCAGCAUGAGCUGAAAUGAAGCCAGGAUAUCUCUCAAAGUCAAGUAUUACACUCCAAGCAUCAGUAUGUUCAGUGAUGAAACCCAUGAUGUAAUAUCACUUCCAUCUUCAUGGAAAGUAGAGAGAUCACUAAAUGAUGCAUCCUGCCAAACAAAAGAUAUCACAUUCAGCAUUGCUUCCACCCAGAGUUCUUAUAAGAACGAAAUUGAGAUCCAAACAGAAACAGAUGAGGAUGAGUCAUUGACCAAAUCCAAGCAGCUAGAUGUCAAUACACAGGCUCUGUCAAAUUUCCUUUUGAGGGUUUAUCCUGACAUUUGUGAGCAGCUUAUUGCAAAUGAAAAGAGUCAUGCAUUUGAUGGGUAUGACGUUAAUUGGGAAGAUGAAACAGAUACAAUUUCAUGUUUGUACAAAUUAUCUCAUAAAGCUGCAAGUGAGGAUCUGGAAGUAACAAGCGUGUCAUGGAACAGUAGAGGGUCUGUAAUUGCUGCAGCAUAUGGCAGGCAUGAUCAUGAGAGUUGGUGCACUCAUAAGUCACUGCUUUGCACCUGGAACAUUGACAUGAGAAAUAUUGACACUGAGAAAGGAGACAAAGCAUUAGAAGUUGAUGGAUGUUUGAUGAGCAUUGCAUUUCAUCCUACCAACCCUCCGUUGAUUGCAGGCGGCACCUUCAACGGAGAAGUUGUGGUCUGGGACUUGAGUCAAGAUGACGAUAACGCUCUUGUGGCUUCUUCGCGACAGAUUGAAUUGCACCAAGAACCUGUUACAAAGGUGACGUGGAUGAAAGCAAAAGGACGACUAAAAAGUUGGACAUAUGAGGAUUUGGAUAAUAUUUUGAUGACAGGCCCAGGCCAGGGCUUCGAUAGUUUGGCUCAGCAGAGAAGUAGUAACCCUGUAUACGGUAUCAUGAGCAUCAGUUCCGAUGGGAAAGCAUUUCUCUGGCGAUACGACCAAUAUGGCAAGAAACUAAAGCUUGAACGAGGAUUUCUGGUUCUGGCUGAAAAGAUCCCAAAGAGUUUGGUGCCCUCAAAAAUCCGAAGUGACGCAGAAAUGGGAGUCACCUGCAUGUCAUUUGCCAAAGACGAUCCGGACAUUUUUGUUAUCGGGUCAGAAGGAGGAGGCCUUUUCAAAUGCUAUUUGGACUCCGAGGAUGUUACAUCCAAAGGGACUGCUGGCACACGUGUCUACCUUCGUUCGCCAGUGACACUUGCAUAUGCACCACAUAUAGGACCAGUUUACAGCGUGGAUUGUUCUCCUUUUCAUCGUAACGUUUUCAUUUCGUGCAGCAUGGAUACAACUGUAAACAUCUUCAGUAUGCUACAGAUAAAACCUUUGUACACAAUCGAGCCUGGAGCUGGAUAUUUACUGCACGCGCAGUGGUCACAAUCAAGGCCUCUUGUGUUCUUUCUCACGACAGAAAAUGGCAAAUUACUUAUUUACGACUUAAAGGUCAGCCAGAUAAAACCAACGAAUGUGAUCGAUGUCUCCUCGACAAAAAAAGCUGUUUAUGCAAUUGAUCUGAACCCACAACGGUCAAAAUUGAUUGCCACUGGCGAUGCUGACGGCUGUGUUUCCGUUUGGUCAUUAAACGAUGAUCUUGUUACUUUCGACCAAAAGGAGGUUUCAUCUUUGGAUGGCAUGGUCUCUGCAAUGCUAGAAUAAAUCUUAGAACGAUAUGCACAUUGGUUUAAUUCAAUUAUUUAUAUCUCAUUUCAUCCAAAACCAUGUUGUUAUAUAUAGGUAGAGUUCAGAAAACGUCCCAACCUUUCUCCAGAUAAAAUCCCCCCUUUUUGGCUUUUCGCAAAUUUUGCUAGUAUCGUUUGAAUAGAUGUUUCUAACUAAUGGAAUUUAAAUCAAACCAUCUAUGGUCUGGUCCUCACGCUUUCUCAGGAAAAAAUAGAAAUUCAAACACAACGGUAAUUUUCUCUCAAUUUAUUUACUCUUAUCAAGUUAUGCAUUUGCCUUGUCAAGUAUCAUUAAUGUUUUCUGGAUUCUCUCUGUAGGUCUCGUAACAUACCUCCUUAAAUGUAAAUUCUUUACGAUUUUUUCGUUUCUCUAUUCUUUGUUGCCUAUAAAGCAUUAUUUCAUUAAUUCUUGUACAAUUACUGAAUAUAAUAUAAUUAUAUUGGCGUUAUGUUGUUACAGUGCAGAGCGAUAUAAAAUAGGUUUUUGAGAACAAGCAGCAACUUAUAUAGAGAAAUUCUGUGUAUAUCUUUAGCUUGCUGGAGAUUAAAGUAUGUUCAAGAUUCUGAA